AGUAUUCUUGCAUGAGCGACCAAUUCCUUGGUCCUUUCAGAUUCCUUCCAAGAUGUCGAAGUUGCAGAGGUAUAGAGGAGUAAGGCAACGCCAUUGGGGCUCAUGGGUCUCAGAAAUCCGUCAUCCAAUCUUGAAGACGCGGAUUUGGCUGGGCACGUUCGAGACGGCGGAGACCGCGGCGCGGGCGUACGACGAGGCGGCGCGGCUGAUGUGCGGCGCCAAGGCCCGCACCAACUUCCCCUCCGCGGCCGGAUCGUCGUCGUCGUCGACUGCGGCGGCGCUGUCGCCGAGCCUGGUGGCGAAGCUGGAGAAGUUCUGCUCCGCGGCGGGGGAGACCACCAAGCGGCCGGAGAAGGAGGGGGACGGCGAGGAAGUGGGCAAUGAGUACAUAGAGGAGAUGAUCGAGGAGCUCAUAUACGAUGGUUCCUUGGAGAUCUCAUGCUCCUCGCCUUCCUCCUCGUCCUCCUCCGCCGCUUCGUCCUCUCAUUGCUCAUCGUAUGUUUGAGUAAAUGCCACAGGAAUGGGGCUACAGUUUGGGGUUUUAUUUAUUUUAUUCACUUUAGGGUCCUACAUUUGAUGCACACGUGUGACGUCGCUAUUUGUCAAUAAACCCUAGAUUUUCUACUUCAAUAAAUCCGAACGUCCUCGAACAGAACUCACGAGCAUUAAUAGGUUUGAUAAAGCUAAUCCUUAUGAGUAAAUUACUUUUGUGCUGAUAGAAUCUUGUCAGAA